UGCUACACAUACAAGCAAAAAGGCCUUACAAGUUAUCCAAGCCCCCAGCCCACAAACAUUCCACACGCGCAGAGAAGAGCAUUGAAUGGGGUGUCAUUUACACGCGCUCCACUCAAACGGUUACGCUUCGCGUAAACCGCCCCUUAAUGGCAGACUCUUCCACUUCUUCCACUUCUCAAAGCCAUUCAGAGAAAAAGCAAACGUUCCAUUUUCGAGCAUCAUUCGAUACUGAAAAUAUACAACUCGUCGCUAAUAUUCAAAAAUUCCAUCAACACAACAUAGAACUCUCGAUCAAGAAUCUCCAGAGAAAACAAAGCUAUCAUACUCAAGAAAAAAUGGCAGCGAGAAACCAACCUGGAAGAAAUCAAACCAAAGACCUUAAGUGUGCAACACAUUUGUUAAAUGAUAAAUUUAGAAACAUGAGUGAGGAGAAGAAAACGAUUGUGAGGGAUUUGGGAUUCGGUGGCUUGAUGCACAUCCCACCACUAAGGGUGCAUCACCAAGUGUUAAGGGAGCUGGCUAACAACUUCAAAUUAGGGGAGAACAGACUGGAAACCGGAUACGGUUCUUUUAAAAUAACACCAAAAAAAUAG